AUGGACCCGGCUCCCCUCACGGACCGGCGACGCAGCUGUCGUUUCUGUCGCAGUCGCAAGCUGCGCUGUUCCGGCACCAGUGUCUGCAGCGCCUGCAAGGACCGUCAGAUCGAAUGCCUUUAUGACCAAGGCGGGCCCAAAGGCCGCCCUCGCGCCUCGGCCGCCCGUGCCAGCAGUCGUCUGGUCGCCGGCCAGCCGGGGUCCGAGCCUGCGAUGAAGCAGGCCUCGUGGAAGUCGCCCCCGAGUCCGUCGGGGCAGGUCUUCUCCCCGCGCCUCAAGAGCGUUGCGGAGGCCUUGGGGGAGGUGUCAGCCGAGGUCCAGGAAAAGCUGCAGGGGCGGAGUGUGGAGGACCUGGCCCGGAGUCAAGCUGGAUCUCCCCGUCGCGCGCCCAAGCUUGGCUGUCGCGAGCUGCUCAUGGUGCUCACCCAAGACCUCGUCGAUGCCACGGUGGCCCGCUUCAGCGGUCUCGACUGCCUCUCGUUCUUCCCCGACCAGGGCCAUUGCUUCCGACAGGGCUGGACCGGCAGCUCCAAUGGCGCGCCCCAAGCCUUGGAGCCGGCGCCCCUCGCCGGGUACAACAGCUACCGGAUCACGCAGCUCAUCGACGUGUGGUUCGGCGCCCAUCCCCUGUCCAUGGUGCUCUCCAAGACGCUGCUGCUGCGGGACGUGCGCAGCAACGCCUACGACCCUCUCCUCCUGGCCGUCCUGCUGGGGAGCGCGCUGCUCGAGUUGGAGGAUGCCGAGGCCCGGGUGGAAUCCGAACAGCUGCUGCAGUGGGCCUCAUCCCGAUUACAAUAUGUCUCCACCGCUUCGGCCGACCUCUCGACCGCACAGGCGCUGGGCUUGCUGGCGUGGCAUGAGACGUGUCAGGGCAACAUCUUGCCCGCGAUGGCCUACAGCAUCUACGCGAAUCGCACGGUGACCCGGCUGACGAUGGACACCUUGGCGCGGUCCUCGCGGGACGUCCGUCAGAUCAACGGCAUCAACCUGGUGCAGAUCGAGCUGGAGAUGAUGCACAUUCUCGGGUGGAUGACGCUCGCCUUGAUGGUCUGGUCCUUCACGCACCUGGACAUUGUCGACGACACCCUCCCGGCGCUGGCGCUGAUGCACGAGCACCCCCCCAUGAACAAGGACGCCUCGUUGGUGCUCCGGCUCGACCGGGCGGCGGACAACCUGUCGACGCUACCGCAUCAGUGGGCCUGGAUCCAGGAGAUCUGGACCAUCAGCCACAUCACGUCGGCGGCCGUGCAUCUCAACGCGAUCUAUCCCCGGCCGUCCAGCGGCCCGGCCUCGCCCGCUCCCUUGUCCCAGCACCACUCCUGGCAGACGCAGCUGCAUCAGCAACUGCGCAACAUCCAGCUAUACAAGGUCGACAUCGGCAACCUCUGCAGCGAGGCCCGUGCCGUGCUGGCGCGCAACGUCCAGAUCAUCGAAGCCAACAUGGAGGACCAGGUCGCGCAGACCUGGAUCCUGACCGCGUACCGGACCUUGCUCAUCCAUCUGCUCUUCCCGCGCAUGGCGCCCCUGAGUGUCACCGCCGAUCUGGUCCAGCACCUCGCCGACUGCCUCCUGUUCUUCGCCCGCAGCUUUCCGGUUCUCGUCAGCGUGUCGACCACCCAGGCGCUGCCGCGCGCGAGCACCCAAUCCUGCAUCCGAUCGUACAUGGCGGGCCUGGCGGCGUGCAGCAGCGCCAUCGACGCGCUUUUCCUUGUGUCCCACAAGCAGCUGCCCUGCUGGGAACCGGGGGUCCUCCAGGGGCUCGGGCGGCUGCUGGAGCAGACGACGCGGUUGGAUUCGCUGUUCACGAACGACACGUUGCUGACGGAUUGGCGAUGGCGGACCGUGCAAGAGCGGUUUCAUCGGCUGUCCAAGUACAAGACGGAGCUGAGCGCGACCGAGCCGGGGGGCAUGAUGCCGAUUGGAGAUGGCCUUGAUGAAGCGGUCCUCCAUACCCUGUGA